AUGGAUGGGCACGGGAGAGAAGCCGCGCACAGGCUCCGUGCUGGUGGACUCUGGCAGGGCCUUUCUCAGCAGGUACUGAGAGAGUCAGGUUCAGUCUCUGAAGGUGAGGAAGAAUCAGAAGGUGCAAACCUGGUGGCCCACGAGAGGGAUGCACACACACAUUACAUUGCCAUUCAAAGAAAUUCCAGGUACUACCGGUCCAUGAGGCUGCCGAGCAGAGAGAAAAGAAAGACUUCCAGAGAGGCAAUGCACAUGGGGCGUGCUACAGGUUCACUCAAAAGCAAUGAGCCGGUCAAAGAGCCUCUGAACGUUUUAUCUCAUAAAGGAUCACCAUCUCCAGUAAACUCUGAUAAGACCGCAUUAGAUGAACUAUGGAUCCAAAGCCAGGCAGAGAGAAGAGCAGGGCUCUUGUACCAGGAAUAUCGAGAUAAAUCUACACGCCAGGAAAUUGAAACCAGACGACUGCAGGAUUCACAGACAGACCCUGAGGAGACUUCACCCAGCGAGGAAACCCCAUCUGAAGCAGAACCUACAAGUACAACAGAAAGCAAAGCUCCACCACAAAUAAGUUUGCUGAGGAACUCCAACUCCAGGUUCAAUUUAUGGCAGGAUCUUCCCGAGAUCCGGAGCAGUGGGGUUCUCAGCAUCCUCCAGCCAGAUGAGAUCAAGCUGCAGGAGGCCAUGUUUGAGCUGGUUACUUCCGAAGCCUCAUAUUACAAGAGUCUGAAUCUGCUGGUGUCUCACUUCAUGGAGAACGAACGUCUGAAAAAGAUCUUACACCAGUCUGAGGCGCACAUCCUCUUCUCCAAUGUCCUGGAUGUCAUGGCUGUUAGUGAGCGCUUCCUGUUGGACCUCGAGCAGCGGGUGGAGGAGAAUAUUGUGAUCUCGGAUGUGUGUGAUAUCGUCUACCAGCAUACAGUUAAUCACUUCUCUGUAUACAUCACCUACGUCUCCAACCAGACCUACCAGGAGAGAGCUUACAAGCAGCUUCUCCAGGACAAGCCAGCUUUCCGGGAAGUGAUCUCACAGCUGGAGCUGGAUCCCAAGUGCAAAGGCCUGUCCUUUUCUUCCUUCCUGAUUCUGCCAUUUCAAAGGAUCACUCGGCUCAAACUGCUGGUGCAGAAUAUUCUGAAGAAAGUGGAAGAGAAGUCUGACAGGGAAACCACUGCCCUGGAUGCACAUAAAGAGCUGGAAACAGUGGUGAAAGCAUGUAAUGAAGGUGUCAGGAAGAUGAGCCGAACAGAGCAGAUGAUCAGCAUCCAGAAGAAACUGGAAUUCAAGAUCAAGUCUGUGCCCAUCAUCUCUCACUCCCGAUGGCUGCUGAAGCAGGGGGAAUUGCAGCAAAUGAAUGGUCCAAAGACAUCACGAACGCUUCGCACUAAGAAACUCUUCCGAGAAAUCUACUUGUUCCUUUUCAAUGACCUGCUGGUAAUUUGCCGGCAAAUUCCUGGGGACAAGUACCAAGUGUUUGACUCGGCUCCCCGGGGGCUUCUUCGGGUAGAGGAGUUAGAAGACCAGGGGCAGAGUUUGGCCAACGUCUUCAUUUUGAGGCUGCUGGAGAAUGCAGAUGAUCGGGAGGCCAGCUACAUGCUGAAAGCAUCGUCCCAGAGUGAAAUGAAGCGCUGGAUGAUUUCGCUGGCCCCAAACCGAAGAACCAAGUUUGUUUCAUUUACAUCCAGACUUGUUGACUGCCCGCAAAUCCAGUGUGUCCACCCAUACGUGGCCCAGCAGCCAGAUGAGCUGUCCUUAGAACUGGCUGACGUCCUCAACAUCCUGGACAAGACAGACGAUGGCUGGAUAUUUGGGGAGCGUCUUCACGACCAGGAGAGGGGCUGGUUCCCCAGUUCUAUGGGGGAGGAGAUCCUAAACCCCAAAAUCCGAGCCCAGAACUUGAAGGAGUGUUUCCGGGUGCACAAGUCGGAUGACAGUCAGCGGAGGAAACUGGGCAGCAGAAACCGCCAAUGA